UUUCCCCAAAAGGUUCUCGUCUGACGGUGGAGUCAUCAUAUGAUUGUUGUCUGCACAUCAACAUCGACCUGUCAUACGGCUAACACUACGCUCCUUCCGAGACACCAGAAAACACCGUCAAAAUGGCUCUCAGCGAUGCAGAUGUCCAGAAACAGAUCCAUCAUAUGAUGGCCUUCAUUGAGCAGGAGGCCAAUGAAAAAGCUGAAGAAAUUGAUGCUCGUGCUGAGGAAGAAUUCACCAUUGAAAAGGGUAGACUUGUUCAGCAGAACCGUUUGAAAAUCAUUGAAUACUAUGAACGUAAAGAAAAACAAGUUGAACUUCAGAAAAAGAUCGGCGCAAGCAACCUGUUAAACAAAUCACGACUGGAGGUGUUGAAGGCCCAGGAGGCCCAUAUUAAUAAUGUCUUGCAUGAAGCACAACAGAACUUAAACCAACUGACUCUGAACCAUGGAGCAUAUGGAAAGCUUCUUGAGGACCUUAUCUGCCAGGGUCUCUGUCAGCUUUUGGAACCAAGUCUGAUCUUGAGAUGUCGUCGGGCUGACCAAACCCUGGUGGAGCAUGCCAUGGCCAAUGCAUUAACCACUUACAGGAGCCUAACUGGUAGAGACUGCAAGCUCCAGAUUGAUACUGCAAAUUGGCUCCCAGCAGAAAUCUGUGGAGGUGUGGAGCUCCUGACCAAGGGCAACCGAAUCAAGGUCUCAAACACACUUGAGGCCAGGCUAGAGAUGCUGGCUCAGCAGAUGCUGCCCGAGAUCCGAAUUAUGCUGUUUGGGCCCAACCCAAACCGCAAGUUUGACAACUAGGCAGCUUCCAUGAACAGGCAGCUCCUUGAACCACUCUUUCUUUAUGUUCCAAACAUGUGCACAAAAUCUAAGGAAAAUUUAAUGUGAACUUUAUGAGAACUUUAUAAUAUUGAAUUUAUUAUUUUUUCAUGUCAAGGUAGCAUCCUUGAAUGAAUAUCUGGUCAUUCUUUUUUUUUUCUUUUUAAUUCUGAUGAAGAGAAGAAAAUCAACGAAAAUUUACGAUGACAUAAUUUUUGGAAGCCAGUACAUGUAAAUUGAGAUUAUUUAUAACAUUCCUAUAUAUUGUGAUCUUUUUUGUAAAUAUGUUCAGGAAAGCUUUGUAAUGUUUGUGAAGGGUCCCCUGAAGACAUAAUCCAGUGUUGAGUUAGUUCAGAAGAAAACAAGUUUUUUUCAAGCUUAGUGUGUCUGUCUGUAAUAAUUUCCAGCCAUGUUAAAAUGUUGUUGAGGCAUCAAGGUUCUUUGAAGUUUUUGUGUCUGAGAUGUUAGCAUUUUUGAUUUUUAUGUAAAAAAAUAUAGAAAACUAUAAGUCUCUUUUUGGGAUGUCAUGGUGUAUGUAGAUAUUGUUAACUAAGAGGUGAAUUACAACAUCUUUAAAGGUUGUAUUAAAUGUAUAAUUAGAUGUUGAAUAAAGAAAUGUAACGUUA